CCUGGCCAAAUCCUUGUCCCACCAAAACCUCGUCAAACAUGCCACCGCACACUCCCUUCGCUCAUCUGGCCAUGUCUGCUGCGUCACAGAGCGAAAUUUGCCUGAUUUAACUCGCCUCAUUCCGCUGCUCUUUCAGCUCCAGCAUAGCUUAACCGGACAAUCUAAUGGAGCUCUACCGCUUUCUCACCGGGCUGCUCUCCUACCUGCCAUCACCGCUCGUCCCGCUGGGGCUGGGCAGGCUGGCCGCCCAACCGACCCUCCUCUCGCCUUCUGUAGUCGCCCAAGUAUCCCCCGCGGAGCCGCCCAGUACCGUGAUCCUCGGGGCAGGCGUCAUCGGCCUCUCAACAGCCUACUACCUCGCCUUGGCCCUGAACGCAACAUCAUCAUCAACACCCAAACCCCCGAUCGUCGUCAUCGAGCCCUCCCACGACGUCUGCCCAGCUGCAUCAGGCGAAGCGACCGGCGGCCUCGGCGACUUUGGCUUCAGCGACCAAACCUCACCGCUAGGCCAGCUGUCCUACUCCCUGCACAAGGCUCUAGCAGCCGCGUAUGGGGGCACACAGCAGUACGGGAUCAGCGACUUGGCCAUCUACCGGCUGUCGCCGGAGGGCUUUGGGGGAAAGUAUUCGCCGCCGGACUCUUGGGGGCCUGCGGCGCCCGUCAGGAAAAGUCGCGCCGAUCUGCCAGACUGGGUGAAACCGGGCGAUGAUUGGGUCGUUGAUUUGAUGGCUGAGGCGCCGAAUGCUGCACAUUUGGACCCCCGUCGCUUCUGCCACUUCCUCCGCGACCGAUGCAGGGAGUUGGGCGUCCAGUUCCGCUUCAACGCACACGCAACAUCCCUCGCUCGCUCACCAACCAGCGAGCAAUUCACCAGCGUAACAAUCGAGCAAACAACGACACCCAGCGAUCCGUCGCCAUCCUAUACAGAUGAUCCAAGCGCAGCAGCACAGGAAACAAGUACAUCAACAACAAACACACAACCCGAAGUCCUCCCCUGCAACGCCCUCGUCGUCGCCGCAGGCCCCUGGACCCCGCGCGUCCUCUCCACGCUCUUCCCCAACAGCUCCGUCAAACUCCGCAUGAACAAGACAAGCAACCGCACCGCCGGAAACCACUUGCUGAUCCGCAACCCACACUGGAAGCCGGAUUGCGGAGAAGAAGAAGACGAAAGUGGCGUCACGCAGGUCUUCUUCAACAACGUCCUCCCCGGCGGUACCCGCCUCGACGUCACCUCGUUCCUCGGUGGGUAUCUGUAUCUCGGUGGGUGGGGCGCCGUGCCGGAGGAAUUGCCGAGCGAGGCGGAUGAUAUUGGGCCGCAGCCGGGCGAGAUUGAGGCGAUGAUUGAGGUUGCUACGCGGGUGCUGGAUCUGGGGUCAGCAGAGCAGAGGGGUGAGAUUGAGAUUGUUAGUGCGGGGAGGUGUUAUCGGCCGUUGGCGGAGCCGAAUAGGCCGGUUAUUACGAGGGUGCCGUGGGGGUUGCUGGGCGAGGAGAGGAAGAGGGAUGAUAAUCAUGAUGGUGGUGGUGACAGGGACCGAAUCAGCGUGGUCGACGGCCCCGUAUCGCCUGUCAUUGGCGGGCUGUAUAUCAACACUGCGCAUAAUAGCGACGGGGUGACGCUUGGACCCGGGAGUGGGAAGCUGAUGAGCGAGUUGCUGCUGGGACUCGAGACGUCAGUUCCGGCGGGCGACUUUGGGCUGGAGAAUGAGCGGUUGGGAAGGCUGUGAUUUUUUAAUUCUUGAAUGCCGACAUAUUCCAUGUAAAGAUGACGCGGAGGUGUCGGUAGCAAACAUUGACAGGGGGUUAACGCGUGGGGAGUCAGUUGACUGGCACAAGUACCUGAGGGAUGCGGUUUUGCUUUUCCAAUCCUUCAAUAUAACGGAACACUAAUUUCCGAGCAUAACACUGCCUGUCCGAGUAAAUACGUGGUUGUAACCUUACUCCUACAAUACACUUCCUCGUUUACUAGUAAACGCAAUAGAGCCUCACGAAACAAUCACCGAGUGUCUGAAUUGCAGUAGCAGAGAAAAUAACAACACGGCUUGAUUCUGAAUAUUCCAUUCAUACUAUCAGCC